AUGUCAUGUUCGAUCCAGAAUUUCGAUCCGAAACCUCAACAGGAACUCGUCAUGUGCCCAACCUCUGAAGCGCCCACGACCACCUCGCCCCCAGCCAAGCGCGUCAAGACGGAUUCAUCGACCAUGGAAGCCCCCCCCGCCCUCCAAGUCAAGAAGCUUUCCGAAAAGGCUCGCCUGCCUACCCGCGGCUCCGCCUUCGCUGCCGGAUACGACGUCUAUGCCUCCAAGGAGACUAUUGUCCCCGCAAGAGGGAAAGUCCUGGUUGACACAGACAUUAGCAUUGCCGUGCCUGCGGGAACUUACGGCCGCAUUGCCCCCCGCUCGGGGCUUGCAUCCAAGCACUUCAUCGACACAGGUGCCGGCGUCAUUGACGCUGAUUACCGCGGGCAAGUAAAGAUUUUGCUGUUCAACCACGCCGAGACCGACUUUGAGGUCAAGGAGGGCGAUCGCGUGGCCCAGCUCAUCAUUGAACGCAUCUACACCCCCGAGGUUGUCGAGGUGCAGGAGUUGGAGGAGACGGUGCGCGGAGCAGGUGGUUUUGGCAGCACUGGUGGGUUCGCUAUCAACGGCGCUCAAGUAUGA